AUGACAACAGUCCCAGUGUAUCAGCAGCUACGGCCCGAUGCUAACUACACCUACAAACUAAUUCAACUACCACCAAACAUUAUAUCACAUUUAUCAGACUCAUCUACCUCAAAUGCAAAGUACCUCAACUUGAAAACCAAACCGACAGUUGCAACUGCUACUACAACCACAUCGGAUGAUGGUGAUGAUAAUGAUGCAGUUGUGGUGUGUACUGGAGAUUCAACGUUCAAGUUGAGACAGAAUAAUCAUUCGAAUUGCGUAUUGCUUAUGAACCAACGUCCAAUCAAUAAUAAUAUCCAUCAACAUCAACAGCAACAACAACAAGAUGGUAGUGAUGAAAAUGCAUUAUUGGGGUUUAGUCAAUGCAACUACGUUUACGAAUUGACACAGAUUCCUGGCACGAUUUUGGACGUGGUACCAGAGUACCAUGCAGAAAAUGAACAAAGAAACAAAAACUUGAUGACAAAGACCGAGAUGGCUGAAUUGAGUCCUUGUUCAAGUGCCGAGUUUGAAAAGAUUUACAUUGACUUGUGUCUUUGUGAAAUUGCCACUGGCAAUAACAAAUUUGUAUACCGGUUAUCAUUUGAUACAAUUUCACAAAUCUUGCAUACUUUAAUCACGUACUUAAUUAGUGAAUCCAAACAUGGCCAAAACUUCACAAUUUUUGAUCUUAACCUACAAGAUAACCAAGCGUUUCAAAAUUGGCAACUAUCAAUGAUUAAUGCCGUUAUUCAUAAAUUUACGACUCCGGAUCAAGAACCAUCCAAUUCACAAGACGGAAACACUGUUGUCAAUGGUGUUGACGACGAUAACACGACGACGACCUCAUUGCGAUUGAAUGAUGAUGCCAUAACGCACUGGUUUGGCAUUCAAGAAUUAUCAAAAUUAAACUACAAUGCAGCUCCUUUAACCACAGUGGCUGAUUUCUUGUUGAAUUGGAAAACGGCAUUACCGUCAUUUUACAAUGUGCCAUUGGAUAUCAUCCAAUUACAGGGACACUACUAUACUACUUCUUCCACUGGAGCUUCCCCAUUGAUUCAUUUUAUUGACCAAUCAUCACUUAGUCGUGAUGUAUCCACUCGAUUCAAGCAAUUGCUUCAAUUGCAACCAAAUUGGAAAUACAAUGAAUUUGUCGCUUGUUUACAACCAGUUUUGGAUCAUGCCAAAAAAGUUGAUUCGGUGAUUUUGAAAUAUGGGAAAAAGAAGCGGGUCAAACGAGAUCAGUUUAUUGUUUGUGCAAGGUGA